AUGUCUGAACAUCGGAAGGCAAUCAUUAUCGGGGGAGGUCCUGCCGGUCUCUCCACCGCGCUGCGUCUCCACCAAACGACAAACAUCAAAUGCAGCAUCUAUGAACUCCGACCUGAGCCGACUACCCUCGGUGGUGCCAUCGGCAUCAUGCCUAAUGGCCUCCGACUGUUCUCCCGUCUAGGUGUUUAUGACGCCCUCCACGCGCGAGGUAGCAGUCGGAGUAACCUCAUCAUCCAUUCUGCACAAGGUGGGAUUGUAGGCAAGCAGGAGGAUAUGGUCAGCUACGCACGCGCGCAGACAGGCUUUGGGUAUCUCCGAAUUAAGCGAACGGAUCUUGUCGACGUUCUUCUGGAUGCAGUGUACCAAGCUCAAAUCCCAAUCUAUUUCAACAAACGGCUCACUGCCAUUGAUGACAACGGCGACUCUGGAGUGACAGUGACAUUUUCCGACGGUAGUACUGAUAAAGCGGACAUCCUGGUCGGGUGCGAUGGCAUUCACUCUUGUGUGCGCCGUCUGUAUGUCGAUCCCGACCAGAGGCCUGAAUACUCUGGGCUUUCGGCACUGUCUUCGCUUGUUCCCACGUCGAGGUUGUCUUCCGUUGCUGCUACACAGGUUUCCGGGAUCGGUGCGACGUUGACGGAGCAAGGGAUGUUCAUGGUGAUGCUCGCCACCGCAGCGGGCGAUGAGGUAGCCUGGGGUUUGUCGCAGGAGGUCCCGUUGCCGGAUGCUGGGGAUAGUCGAGAUGGGUGGGAGGUGUAUCGGCAGAAGGAGGUAAAUGGGUUUAAAUCGAAUAUGCAUCAGAUUUUGGAAAAGUUGCAUGGGGACUGGGGAGACCUACUCAGACAGCUCGUUGAGAACACCGACGUGAUGAAGUUCUAUCCGGUUUACCGACUGCCCCUUGGUGGUGCUUGGUAUAAGGGUCGCUGUGUACUUCUUGGCGAUGCGGCGCAUGCGAUGCAGCCCCAUGCGGGACAGGGUGUCUCUAUGGCGUUGGAGGACACGUUUCUGCUUGCUCGCUUACUGGAAGACCCAAGUCGACCCGUGGCGGAGGUGUACAAGAAAUUCGAUGAGAUCAGGAGACCUCGAGUAAAUGAGAUCUACAAUCUCGCAGCCCAAAAUGCGGGGGUCCGGAAGACGACUGGGCCUUGGGGCUUGUGGUCCAAGGAAGUAAUGGUUGGGAUGGCAUUUUGGGCUUCUUGGGCUUUAGGGUUGGAGAAACGGGGAUGGGGACAGAAGCAUAUGGCAUACGAUAUUGAUGCGGAGGAAAUUUAG